CAACCGUUAAUAUAAAACAGCAGUUCACUAAUUCAUUUCUCACAUUCAAUUUAAUAAUUGUCUGAAAUAGUAAAGUAAAAUGUUGUCAUUUGAAAUGUUAAGUGCUAUUAUAAUAUUAUAUACAGCGGCAUCUUCAGCGGCUGAGUUGCGAUGCGGGAUCAACGAGGUAGCAAUGGAUUGUCCAAGAGACUGCUACUUCGACUCCUGUCCUAAGAGUCGGUAUCACGACAAGACACCUUGCCCCAGACCUGAGAAGUGUCCUCCGCCGACAUGUAAAUGUAUCUUCAACUAUAGACGAGCUGACAACGGAACCUGCAUACCUACUACUGAAUGUCCUCCGUUCGAGUGUUCGGGUGUGAGGGAGGUGUACGACAGUUGUCCUCCGUGGUUUCCUUCUCAGAAGUGUGAGGACGCCGCCCCUACUGAUGUGUAUCCCUUCUUCAUACUGACUGUGGUGGAGUGCAGCCCCGCCUGCCGCUGCCAGCCUCAUCACUGGAGGGAUCACGGGACCUGUGUGCCUUACUAUGAGUGCCCAAACAUUAAAGCUAAACUACGAGGAAAACCAUCAACAAUCCCAGAGUCCUAAUUAGGACAAUGUGUAUUGUACAUUAUUUUGCUUAAUAAAAUCUUUUGAAAUAAA